GUUGGUAUUGGCUUCCGCCGGACGCGCUCACUGGGAUGAUGGAGGAGGCUCCGAGGCAGCGCCUGAGGCUGAGACGCCGGAGGGCUCCUUCAGGGGACGGGCCCCACAGCGGCCGUCCCUGGUUUCUCCUGGAGGGCAACAGCGAGAGCGAGCGGCUCUGGAUCGAGCUGCUGCGCACUGUGAGCCCAAAUCUGACCCUGGAUGGCGAGCUGCCGCCGCUGCCUACCUUCCCCGGCCAGGAGUCCAGGGGCAGCCCAGAGCGCCCGGCGCCCCCCGAGGUCUUCACGGUCGGACCCAAGACCUUUUCCUGGACGCCCUUUCCACCGGCCCCGGCGGGCUCAGGCCACUCCCACGGGCCUCUCUGCGGGGCAGGAAGACGCCCGGAGUCCCCCACCAGGUCCCCUCAAGUACACCCUGCGCCUAGACCCAGGGGGACCCCCACCGCCAAGGAGCAGUCGGCUGUGGAGGGGGCCCUGGCCCUGCAGAGCUGCCCGAUGUGCCAGAAGGACUUCGCCCCGGAGUUGACCCAGCUGGACAUAGACGUCCACCUUGCUCAGUGCUUGGCAGAAAGCACUGAAGAUGUGUGCCUGAAACUGGGCUUCGCCACAGUGAGAGCUGAGACUACGUGUGGAACCCCUUUUCCUCACAGAUGCAGCAGCCAUCCUGUGUGGGCCGGGCAGACUAGCUCGGGGCAGUGUUUUUUUCCAGCCACAAGGACAGAUAAGGUUGGCUCACAUCUCACGCUGUUAAUUCCCCAAAGAGAGUGCCCAUUCCUUGUAUGGCUGCCAGUUGAGGGCACUGUCACUGUGCUGUCAUAUGUCUGUGUCCCUCAAGUCCUCAUCACCCCAAGGGGAUGGUGUCAGAAGGGGCCCUUGGGACAUAUCAAGUCAUGGGGAUGGGUGGUGCCUCACGAUUGGGUCACAGGGUUCUUCCACCUUGUGAGCAGGGGCUGCCCACAGUCCACAAGUGGCCCCAGAGCCUGACUGGUAUUGGAGUUGACACACACUGUCAGGGGCUCUGGGACCUCAGCACUGACUGGCAAGACUCGGAAGCAGCUUCUUCUCAAAGGAGGACUGGCAGCAGACGGUCCCGUCCUGUUGAGGCUGACAGUGUGGGUGGGAGAUGGGGCAAAUGCAUCUCUGCAGGGCCUCCUUCCAGUGCUGUCUGGCUGGGCUUGGGGCUGCUCAGUGCCAGUCACUGGCGCCUGCAGGGUCCAGGGCACCAGCCAGGGGGAGGGACAGGCGCCAUGUGAAAACUUGAGUAAUACCUAGAAAACCAAUCCCUAUUUUCCUUUCAAGCAUCUUCAAAAUGUCUUGACAGGCUAGGCGCCUGUGGCUCAAGUAGCUAAGGCGCCAGCCACGUACACCCAAGGUGGCGGGUUCGAAUCCGCCUGGGCCUG